AUGAUUCAAAAUUCGAUAUUCAAUGACGGAGACGAAAAAAGCGAUCUAAAAUUAACUGUUAGCAAUGACCAAUUCGCUCGAUCAAACGAUUCGCGUAUAUUUUCCGCAGACGACUGUGAUGCCGCGACCACAAUAAAAAAAGUGACGUCUUUACGCUGCAACGACCUAAAAAGCAAAAGCAAGAACAAAAACGAUCAUAAUCAAAAAGCGAUAAACGCCAAAUUGAAUUUAUAUAAAAGCGCGAAAAAUAAAUUUCAACUGGAGUGUAAUAGUCUUAUUCAAAGCUACGAAACGAUCAAGAAACUGCAAUCGGAAGACGACGGUUUGAAACUCGAAGAUCUUGAGACCACGGUAAAUACGAUCUUAUUUCACUACCGGUCAACACAUUUAUUUUUCUUUAUUGUGUAGGUACGUUAAUAUUGUUGUACACGCUAUUUAGGUAAAGGACAUUGUCGGAAAACAAUUCGGAAUAAAAUUUCCAAAAUCAAACGGCGACGCGUCGAACAAAUAUCAUGCAAUUUUCGUUUCUAAUCCAAAUCGAUCGUCGUGUCUGGAUAUUAAAUCUUCAACUGGUCAUCGAAAUUUAGAUUUAGCGGUAAAAGGAAUUUUCGAAGAAGCGUGGAAAUGUUGUUUGGACAUUUCUGAAACUAAUGCGAAGUAUGAAUUUUGGCUUAAACUUAUCAUCGAACCGAAUCAUUUUUGCGAUUUGUACGCUGUUAGAGAAUACUUGAUGAAAAAUAUGUUUAACGAAGAACAGACGACCGAACAGACGAUUGAAUCCAAAUUGAAUACAAUCUAUAAUCAUUUACAAUUAAAAAUUAUAGAUAUAAUAAACGCGUUCAAUGAAAGUCUUAUGCCUGAAAAACUCACGAACGAAAAAAAUAGUGUGAGUAUUGAAAAACCGUCGAAUGAAGAUGACUCUGAGAAAUGUGAUACAAAUGCAGAGACCAAACUUCAAACGGCGAUUGAAGAUUAUAAGCAUAAAAUGGAAGCGAAACUAAAGCUGUUAGAAACGGAAAAUCAGAAAUUAACCGAGAACGAAGCUAAAUAUUCUAUACAAAUAAAAACCCUAAUGGGAGAGUUAUCGUUUCGCAACAGAAAGUUGUCAAACGUUAAAGAACGCGUGGCGUUGUUAACAAAGGAAAAAACCGAUUUGAUUAGUACGAUUGAAAAAAUUGAAGUAAAAGACAAAAGUUUCCAAACGCUGCAAAGUCGAUACGUAAAAGUGCAAGAAAGCAACGAACGUUUAAGAAGUAUAAUUGAAAACGAAUACAACAGAGUUGUAAUUUAA